UUUCGUCAAGUUGAUAACUCUGUGCUACACGCAUCAUUUAUACGCUCUUCGAAUUAACCUGAAUAACAAAAGGAAAAGAUGAUAGGCUAGAUAUGACUCUUGAAUUUCAAUCGAUUUCGGAAGCUGGGCAGUUGCUGCUCGGCAGUCCAUUCAGUGGCCACAUCGACGAUGUUUUUGUUCUCGAUUCGAAAUAUGACGAUCCAUCGAGUGAAAGGAUCUACAUCAGACACGGUGCCAAUCUGGUUGCAUUUAACGUGUCUUAUAUUAAUAAUUUCAGUCAUUUGAAUCGACUUUGGAAUCAUCGUUUGUUUAACGAUGCCCAACAGAUGUCCUACCCAUUGCGAGCCUAUCCAUGGCUUGUUACUAAUACUAUGCUUGAUGACGGCAGUGAUGGGAUCGUCCUUCGUAACGAGGACGGAAUAGGUUUCUACCGUUUCGAUCCAAAGAAUACCAAUAAAUCCGCCGCAAAGCUUCAGGGCAUGUCACGUGACACCAGCUUCCGUGAUCUUUAUGGAUGGGGAGAAGUCCAUCAGUCUGUUGUCCUCAUUGGCCGAUUCUAUCACAACACGCGGCUGGUCGGAGUCAUGAGCCGGAAGAACGACAAGUCCGGCCCGGUUGUUGAAUUUUACGCAGCUUCCAAGGACCGACUUCAAUCUCGCCAGCCGCAUCCGCUUUUUCCUUUGCGAAAAAGCGCAACAGCUUCGGCUGCGGUCUCCAAAAUAUUUAAAGCAACCGAUUUUUAUGUGGCGGACAUCCAACGGAACGGACAGGACAGCAUCAUCGCACGUAAAGAAACUCAAUUAGAGCUGUAUCAGUUCGACGAUAGGUACGAACUUCGACAGGUGGCCAAAGUGUCACUGGUGGACAGUUCCGCCGGAUUAAAUGAACGAUUUUUCUUCGUUAACUUGACCGGACGACCUUUCCAAGACGUAGCCCACUUUACUGCACAUGGAUUGUUUGUCUACCAACAAAACACUCCGAAUGUAACUGGCAUUUCCAUGAGGGACUACAGUCUCAUUCACUACAACGCUGCAUUUUCUGAGACGAAUGGAUGGAUGCAAGAAUACGAUCAAUCCAUCCGCUUAGUUGAUGUGAACGGUGACGGGCAAGAUGACUUGCUCUUCACUGGCCCAAAAGGACUGACAGUACUUGAAUUCGAUGCAGAAGAAUUCUUCUGGAAAACUCUGUUGGAUCCUUCGUCGUUCAAUGAUGCCACACAACGCUACGCUAUUAUUGGCGGUGCUACUAAAGCCGUAAAGGUCAAAGGUGGAUACAAGGAGUCAUUUCUACUGACACUGGAUGAGGAAAGAAAACUUUAUUUGAGCCGACUUUCCGUUAAAGACGAAAUAAAACGAAAAAUUUCUCCCAUUCCUGCUCCCGCGGUUGUUCCAGUCACUCCCCGUCAUUCAACUGUAGAAAUUCCACUGCAGGUGAGACGUGCCAUUCCAGUAUCUGAAAGACCGAUACUCAGAUGGACAGAACAGCACGCUGAGCCGAUUUCCUUAACGGAUACAGUUGAUCCGAUAACCGGUGCCAUCCAUUUUGAGUUGCCUAUAUUCAAACCGACCAGAUUUUACGAUCCGGAUCUGCCUCAUUCAAUUUCACUUUCAUAUGACAGCCAAAGUGCAAUGUUUUCUAAUCUUGCUGGGUUAGGCUGGACACUUCAUCUGCCGGAUAAUUACAUCUUUGUCGAUCACAACAAUAGCAUCUUCAUCGAAGACUGGACAUUUUCCUUAGCAGUAGACGGCGUUCUCUUUCAACUCACAACAGCUUCGACUGCAGGCCCUGUUCUAUUCUUCCGGCAACCUGCACUCAAGUGGGAUGUUGAAUUCCAUCAAGAAAAACAGCGCUGGUUAAUUCGCACAGAAACGGAAACGCUCACCUACGGAUCCGAAAACACCGUAGAAGCCAUUCGCUGGAACCUCCACUGGCCUCAUUGGCGAGGAUUGGGCAACGAUGUCAAAUCGCUUAAAAGAGUUCCAAUCGCCUGGUAUUUGAUCCAACGGCAGGUGAAAGCUACAGGAAAACUAAUUAUUUAUCGCUACGACAUUGAUACCAUCGAAGAAAAGAAUAGCCUUCAUAAAUAUCGCUGGACAUCCGCCAUCCGGUUGAAAAAGAUCGAGUCGUCGACAACCAUCACAUUCGAUUACGCCGUCAAACUCCAAGACGAAUAUCAAUCAUUAAAUCUUCAAACAAAUCAGAGUAGUCUAUUACUCUUUCCGGUACCUUUAAGAGAGUCACAUUACCUGACGGGCUGCCAAAUAACGACAGAACACUACAAGCAAACGCUGGAAUUCAUUUACGAAACAGACAAGAAAAGUCGGCGGUUGUUGAAAGCCAUCAAGCAGCCAAUAACGGCUGACGUCCGCGAAUCCAUCUUCCGUUUCAAAUACCAGGACGAAACAUCGGAAGCCGUUGAGAUGUUGCUGAAUGAAAUCCAAAUGCCAAAGGGAUUAAACGUACACUUUCAACACAGAAAAAUUGAUAGUAUCGUUCUGCCGGAUUCUCCCUCGUCUGUAUCGCAUCCUGUUGAUGAACAACCGGCCAUUGCUUACAGUCAGGACUACGCGGUUAUGGCUUUCCGACAGCGACAAUUAGCCGACAAGAUUCAGCUGAAAAUUCUCGACACCCAUAAUUUGGCAACGCUGGCAGAGCUAACAGCUUUGCCAGCAAACGUGGAAGGCCGAGUCCUGUCCUACGACGUUCUCGCUUACACAAAUUUCUGUGUUCUCCUUCUAAAAUCAAAGGAAAAGCAGAAAAUGUGUUUAUUUCAUCGAACCAUUCGUGAUGAGACACCAAAAUGGAACAAGGAUUCUACUUGCUUUUGGUUCGGCCACGAUGCGGUAAUGCAAUCCAAUGAAGCCGGAGUCGUUUUACUUGAGGACAAAUCAGACAAUAUCAGAAUAAUAGAAUUAAACAAAGAUCUUUCCAAAUGGAACGAGCACCGAUUAAAAUUACCAUCCAACAACGUCCUUCGGCUUGAAAUGUUCAAGCAAAUGGUGGUCGGCUACGACGAUCGGCAGCUUUUCAUCUGCCACCGGCAAAGGUCUACUGGGAAAUGGCAAAUCCGCAAUAUCGAGCAAUUGGACGGCCUAUUUAAGGGAGGAUCGUCCAUUGUUAAAAAGUUCCGUUUGCCAUCGGACGCUGAGAAAACAUUAAUCAAAACUCUUCGCGAAGAUGUUCUGCAGAUAUCCAGCAACACGAUCGCCAUUACUUCGUUGCACCUCAACAAUGAUCAGCAACUCUUUUUGAAAAUGCGUCUUUAUCUGGUGGAUGCUCAUUUUAACGUGGCGCGUCGACGAGAAUUCACGUUGCACGGUGAACGCAUUUUGGAGGUGAGGCAGCGUGUAGAACAAGAAGGAACAAAAUUCCAACUAGCCUAUCAGUUGCUGAAAGGGUUUCUUCCGCUUGAGAAUCGUUAACGUGUCCGGUCAAGGGGU